AUGAUAGGGCUUACUCGGGCAGCAGUGCUGCUGGUCGUCUGUCUCAUCACCUUAGUCGCCGCCUGGUCGAAAGAAGACCACGAGAUCUUUCGCUUGAAGGACGAGGUGCAGGCUUCCGAGGGGCACAAUGUGACUUUCUACAGCUUUUUGGCCAUCAAGUCCAACGCCGACCAGGAAACCAUCAACAAGGCUUACCGCAAGCUUUCGAGGACGCUGCAUCCGGACAAGGCAAGAAGCAACUUCAUCGCCAACUACAACAAGCCGCCACCGGUCGCUUCGAAGCCGGGUGCGAAGCCCACCGUGCAUGUGCAGAAGAAUAAGCAGCCCAAGCAGAGUGAGCUUAACAAGUUCAACAAGGAGGCUAGCGCACGCUUCGAGCGACUUUCGUUGGUCACUAAUGUACUUCGUGGGUCUGAAAGGAAGCGCUACGAUCAUUUCCUCAACAAUGGCUUUCCGAAAUGGCGAGGUACUGGCUACUACUAUGAGCGCUUCAGGCCCGGAAUCGCGUCAGUCCUGAUUGGCCUCUUUGUGGUGAUUGGUGGUGGAGGGCACUAUGCUGCACUAUAUGUGAGCUGGAAGCGUCGCCGAGAGUUCGUGGAGAGGUAUAUCAAGCAUGCUCGUCGCAUGGCUUGGGGUGACGAAGGUGGCAUUGGUGCGAUCCCAGGGCUUGGCGGCUCAAAUUCUGGAACUAGCACACCGCAGCCGCGAUCAGGCACGCCGGAUAUGGAUGACAGCAUACAGUGGAACAGGAAACAGAAGCGUGCAAUGGAAAGGGAGAAGAAGAAGGAAGGCAAGGCUCCCGUGAAGAGCUCAAGGUUGGCUCAGAAGGCUAAGGACGAAGGCAUUAGCACGCCAGUCGAGGCCGAGAUCACCUCUGGGCCAGUGGGUGCGAAGAAACGGACGGUUGCGGAGAAUGGCAAGGUCUUGAUUGUGGACAGUGUGGGUAAUGUCUUCCUGGAAGAGGAGACCGAGGAAGGCGACAGGGCUGAGUUUCUACUCGACCCCAACGAAGUUCCAGUCCCGGGCGUUCAAGACACAUUCCUCGUUCGUGGUCCCGUCCACCUCUACAACAUCAGCAUCGGACGUCUCCUCAACAAGCAGACACCCGAGCAUAUCGAGUGGGAAGCCGCUGGCGGCGACGACCAGGAGGUCGUGGACGAGGCAGAGGCCACUCUAAAGUCUGCUUUGCCUGCCAAUGCGAAUGGGGAGAGCAGGAAGCGAAAGUCGAAGGCCAGGUCGUAG